AUGAUGCAGUCAGAAAGUAGCCGGAUCGAGCUGGGAGAUGUGACACCACACAACAUUAAGCAGCUGAAGAGGUUAAAUCAGGUCAUUUUUCCUGUCAGCUACAAUGACAAGUUCUACAAGGAUGUGCUGGAAGUUGGCGAACUUGCCAAAUUAGCAUAUUUCAAUGAUAUUGCAGUGGGUGCAGUGUGCUGCAGAGUGGAUCACUCUCAGAACCAGAAGAGACUUUAUAUCAUGACACUUGGAUGCCUGGCACCAUACCGAAGGCUAGGAAUAGGAACUAAAAUGUUGAAUCACGUCUUAAACAUCUGUGAGAAAGAUGGCACUUUUGACAACAUCUAUCUACAUGUCCAGAUCAGCAACGAGUCAGCAAUUGAUUUCUACAGAAAGUUUGGUUUUGAGAUCAUUGAGACGAAGAAAAACUAUUACAAGAGGAUAGAGCCAGCAGAUGCUCAUGUCCUGCAGAAAAACCUCAAAGCCCUUUGUCUUGGCCAGAACGCAGAUGUGCAAAAGACCGACAACUGAACAAAACCCCUAUGAACACUUUCUUGCACUUGCUUGUCGCCAAAUAAGGAAAGAGAGGCCCAUUGAUUUCCCUCCCCCCAUUCUUUUCAUCAUUUUUUUUCCUUGCCUUCUCCAACAAAAUGUAAUGCUUUUUUCCAAGGAUUGUCCAAUCAUGUUUGGGUUUUUUCGCUCUCCUUUCUGUUCAACAACAUGGGAAGUGGUGUAAAGAUCUCCUUAUUUUGUGGUGUGGAGGGUUUGGGUAGGAUUUCCUGAGGUCAGGAUUCCUUCAGAGAGUGAUUUCUCUCAUGCUUUCACACUGAUAGGUAUGGCCUAAAAAGAUCUAUGUAAUGAAAGGAAAAGCAAUAUCUUAUCCUUUUUGAGUUCUGUAAUACCAGUUUGGUUUUUAUAGCCCCUGAAAUAUGUGUGAACUUUGUUUUGGCAAUUCUAUUGUCCCUUGUCCCUUUUCUUCAUCAAAUCCUCCCCCCCCCCCCCCCCCCCAUGUUUAAUCUUUUCAAAUAUUUUUGUUUGACUUUUUAUCCCUCUCUUGCUAACAGAGCAGGCUGGUUUAUCAGCACAUUUAUUGUGCCUGGGCUGAAAGUUAUCCCUCCAGCUGGUGCUACAUUCCUUGAUUGACCUAAGAAAGGAUUCAGAAUGGGUUUUAGUUUCUUCCUUUUCAGUUACCAUCACCAUUCAUCCUACCCCAUCCCCACCAGACUCUUGCCAAGCUAAGAGCAAAAUCUAAUGUUAGCAAGAAGAGCCUUGCAAAAACAUGUAUCCUGAGGUGAGGUCCUUGUUUUAAGAGCAAGUGAAACUCUCCAGGACUCAGCUGUCCAUAAGGGACAGUUGAUUUCAUCCAGACUACUGGAAUGGGAGAAGGGACUUGGAAGCAUCAUGUCCACUUCGGUUCUAAGGCAAGUGCCUGUGCCCACAUGUUUGUUUGGUGCUAGGGCCGUCAAACCUGUGGUAACAAAGAAACAUGGGAUUGGAGCAAGGGGGGAGGAACCAGGCAGUGAGACUGAGAGUCCUAACUCUAAUCAAAUAGUAUUGCCAGGGAUCUCUCAAAUGGCUUGGGCUCCACUUGACUUGCUGAUUUUUAUAUGCUCUGUGGGUAGGAAGGUAUUAAGAACUGUUCUUUAAACUCUGAAGAUUUUUCUCCAACUUGCCAGUGAUGCAGUUCUCUGUGAAGUGCUUCAUGGAGCACCAGAGAAAGCGGUUCAUACUGGAAUAUUUUGUGGAAUUUGGAAAAUAGGCUGGCUGCUGGCUUCUUCCUAAUACUGUAACACAAAAAUUACAGUAAACUUUUUACUGAUCUCUGCUUUGCAUCCUUUCAUGCUUCAUUUGCGUGAGUUUCAGUGCUACCUUGGACACACUGUUGCCAGCAGUUACAUACCAACCUGUCCUAAGAGAUUCCUCCAAGGCUCUGGGAAAUGCACUGACUUGAAACUGACCCUCCUUACCCCAUCACCCAGUCUGAGAUUAAACUGCUUUCCUUUGCCAUUAGUUUUCAUUAAAAUUCAGCUGCCUGUUGAACCCAUUGGCUUCAAAAGCCUCCAACCCAUGGUGCAUAUAGCAGUAUAUUUCUUGUGAUGAGCAGGUGCUCUUGCUCUGAGGCUGACUUGGGAACAAAGGAUUUUGAUGGUGGAGGUGUGGGAAAAAUUGAGAAUAAGGCAGGAAAAGAUCUCUCACCUCCAUCUUAUGCAGACUAGUUGCCUGAUAUCAGAAAUAGGCAACCCCAGAACCAUCACUAUGAGGUGCACAGAGGUUACUGAAGUGUAGCUUUUUGAAUACAUUGAUGAGCCUGAACUGUGUAGUUGCUCAUCAGUUUCUGGGUUUAUAUUAGGUGGUAGAACUCCGUUUGGCUUGUAAAAGCCUGUCUGUACUGGCCAGGGGAACAGUGUUCAUCUCACCCUCCAGUGGAUUCUAGCUAGAAAAGUGCUGACAGUAUUUCCUUGGCCACAGAUUAUCCCGUUUUGUAAAAACUUUAUAGCCUAGGUAGGCCCUGUCUGCAGUGACUUUGGGAGGCAGUUUCAGCACCUUUCUAGCAAGAAUAAUGUUGAAGCACAAUUAGCUCCUCAGAUGCCAACAUGGUUAUCUUGGACACGUGUAGACAGAACUAAAAGGUAUCCGUGGAGGGAGAGAAUAUUGCAUUGGAGAAUGUUCAUGCAGCACAGCUAUAGUUCAGACCAUAGCUGUUUUUUGUGCCAAGCCAAGUGCUCUUGAUUCUUCUAGAAUUAAGUGAUAAGUGUUUGGGUUGGGGAAAUGAGUAUAGGGGUAAACAUUUUAAGACUUGCUGUUGUUGUAGGCUUCCAUAAAUCAAUUUUGCAGGCAGUUUUCCUGCAGAUUUCAAAAGCAUAAAUGAGUCUGGUGUCUGGACUUGCUUGGUUUGUCCCUGUCCCUUUUUGCUUUGGGCUGCCAUCAUUCUAUGAAUGUACCUCUCAAAAUAAUUCUUAGAACUCCCAUUCCACAGCAUACUGGCCUCACUAGCUUCUAACUGCAUAUUUUAUAGGAAGUGGAAGGGAGAGAAACCAGAAAUCAAGGCUUCUUUUCUCAAACUAUUACUCAUGGAAAACGGUUUUUUUGUAUUCUUAAGCACACACAAGUGUUAAUCUAAAACCUCUUCAAAAGCUGCACCCCAUAAAUGUAAAAAUGAAGGGCAAUAGUUUUUACUACCAAAUGGUUGUAUUAAUCUUGGUGUACUCAGACUGCUGGGUAUGGAGAGGAGAAUUUAGUGCUGGCAGUCGGACAUACUGGGAUAGUAUUGAGUAUGAGUUUGCAGUACAUUUCUGUUGCAUCAAAUGUUACUGCAGCAGGGCCUGCCAUUAGCUUGAAAAUAAUAGCAUAUGCACAACUGUUAAAGUUAGGAGUGUCUAUGAAAUGAUCACCUGCACUAUUCUUCUGGAUGGAAGAGCUUGCAGGAAAAACUUGUGAUUAACAAAUUGAUCCUGGUGGAGGCAGUGUACAUCUGAGUUGCUCUUUAUCUACUGUAUAAAAAUUUAUCAUCCAUCAGUUGAACCUUGAAGAUAAUGUCUGUCAUAGAGACAUUCACUACCAGGAAACUAUAAUAUAUGGGCAAGGGAAAAGAAAUACCCAGAAGGAUGUCCCUCAUGGGGGAGGGAAAGCUUGGGGAGGGGGUGUUGUAUACACAAAUGGGCUGGGUUUACAUGGUGCAGUUAAUAGUUAAGUCUGCCAACUGAACAUGACAUGCUGUUACAGCUAAAACAAGUGAUAUUUUGUUGAUUCUUGAUGGUGCCCUGUGAUGUCUAGUAAAUUUGAACCAAAAAAACCCAUUGUUAUAGUCUCCUCCCCUGUGCUGUGAUCCAGGGUCAGCAACUAUGCUAACUUGGAUGUUUCUUUGGAAUCUGCAACUGCCUCAUACUGAACAUGGCUAAGAAUGCCCCUGUCUCUUAGUUAGGACUUUGCCUGAAUGUGCAGGUGCACUGUGCAGCUUUACAGAUGCAUCGUUAAUAUUACAACUUUCAAAUUGCGGGGGUAAUCAAAUUCUUUCCAAAUAAGACAGUCCAUUUUUUAAUCUAGAUCAUUGCCCUUGUACAUCAGGAGCAUGUUUUGUUUUUCUCAAACUCUUGAAAGUAAAACUUUUAAAUACUGUUCAGAAUAAACGUGCACUAUUGGAGUUAUGUCAUA